AUGACUAUGAUUAAAAAUGUUAAUGUUGCUAAACCAGUGUUUAAUACAGAUGGGAAAUUGGUGUUUUCUAAAUUUGACUUUGCAAAUAUUGGUCAUAAAGCUAAAGUUCAAAAAUCACAGAAAGACCCCAAAAAAAUACUUGACAAUUUGAAGGAACAAGAGCAAAAAAUUCGAGAACUAGAAGAGUCUGGAAAUAGCAAAGCAAAAGAAUUAAAAGAAAAAAUUGCAUGGAAAAAUGUUCUUCAAAAAGCUGAAGGCCAAAAAGUCAAAGAUGAUCCUAAUCUCUUGAAGAAGUCUAUUAAAAAAAUGGAACAAAAGAAGAAGCAAAGUAAAAAGAAAUGGGAAAAUAGGAUUCAAAGUGUUGAACAAAAGAAAAUGGAAAGUCAGAAGAAACGAAAAGAGAAUAUAAGUAAAAAGAAGAAAGAAAAGAAGUCGAAAAUAGUGAAGGCAGCCGUCAAGAGAGGGCGUGUUGUUUUGUAACAUGACUAUGAUUGUAAAAAUAUAUGAAAUUUUAUGUUUGUAA